GGCUAAGCAGAGUUAUCUCCUCCUUCUAGAGUGUUAUGCACAUGCAGUAUCAUAUUUCAUCACAGGAAAUACGUUCCGAGAUUACUCGGGAAGGAGGAGAAAGGGGGUUCAGUACCAAUUAAACAAUGGCAAGUGUGCUGAGUGCAGUUACGAGUGACAAUAUAAGAAUCCUCAAGGCUUUGGUGAAAGUGCCCCAGUCAGUGAAUCACCAUGACCUUGAACUUGGAUUUCUACAGGCAGCUAAACUAGGUCACACUAACUGCCUUGAAUGUAUCAUUGCAACAAACAUUGUUGACAUAGAAACGAAGGACGGCAGUGAAAACACAGCAUUGUAUCUGGCAGUUCAAAAAAACAAACCUGAAGCUUUACAACAGCUGAUCUCAGCAAAAGCAGAUGUUAACACAAUUGGAGGCAGCAACAAUCGGCCAAUCCAUGUAGCAGCACAACAUGGACUUGAAGAAUGCAUGAUUAUUCUAAUAAACAACGGCGCAAAGGUCAAUACAAAAAACUCCAGUGGAAACACCCCAUUGAUUUUAGGGAGUAGAAAAAAUCAUCACACAAUCAUGCAGCUUUUGAUUGCAGCUGGGUGUGAUGUAAAUAUUCAGAACAAAGAGGGAUGUUCAGCUCUUCAUUACAGCAGCCACAAAGCAAUGGGUGUUGACAUGUUACUUAGAGCAGGAGCAAACCCCAACCUUACAGACAAGGAAAACAUUACUCCACUCCUAAUGGCUGCCACGGAGGGGUUUGACAAUGUUGUGAAAGCUCUUUGUAAAGCAAACUGUGAUGUCAACAUAGCAAACGCUUCUGUCAAAAAGACCGCUCUGCAUAUCCUAGCAUAUAAAGGUCAUUCAGAGUGUAUCAAUGACCUUGUGAUAGCUGGAGGAGACGUGAAUAUGUACGACAAACAUAAGCGUACCCCCUUAUGGUAUGCCAUAAAAAAUAAACGAAUUGAAGUGGUUCGGCUCCUUCUGAAGGCAAACUCACUUGCCGAUAGUUUCCAAUGUGCCAGUUUUGUGGAUGCUGAAUGCUGUCCUACCUUCUUAGCUUUAACACUAGGUCUAUUCCCAGUCCUAAAACUGUUCAUUAUGACUGGUUAUGAUCGCCACCAUCUGAAAAGCUACCUGCAACACCAGGACAUCAAGGAGAUGUUUGAGGAUUGGAAGGAUAUUGAAGACUGGCUCGAUCAUGCUCAGGAUUCCACCAUGACCUUGAAACAAAUUUGUCGAAAGUGGAUUAGGCACCAUCUUGGUCUACAGUUUUACCAUGGACUUUCUGAACUCCCCAUCCCAUCUUCAAUGAAGGAUUAUGUGUUCAUGAAAGAGCUUGAUGAGGAACACAUUUAAGUCAAUUGAAUGAAAUAUUGUUUUAAACUUCUUGUUGAAAGUAGGAAGUGUAAAAAAUUUUGGUUUACAAAAAUAUUUUUACAUGUUAACAGUCCAUGGCAUCAUGAUGACUUGAACCUAGUCUGGCAAACUGAACAAAAUAUUUGUUUACUUUUUGGGCUAGAAGUAAAUGUAUACUUUUGUAGACUUUCCAUCACUGCAUAUUAGCCAAGUUUGCAUUAGACCCUGAUAUUGAAACAUUCCCCGUUUACUGUGCGCUUUCUAUAUAUACAUGUAUGUACAUAUAUGCUAAUAGACCUUGAAUAGUAUUUAAGAAAUGAAGUCCGUUUGAAAAUAAAUUUAUUUGCAGUAUCAAAAUAAUGUUCUUGUAGUAUUAUCCUGAUUUUGUAUACACUUUUUUUUUUUUAAAGUGAAUGCUGCACCUACAAACUGGAUUUUUCUUUAUCAUUUAAUAAAGUAGUUUUCAUCCAAAGAGAGUGUUGGUAAAAACUGAAUUUUCUAUGCCUUAUUAUAGAAAAUGGAAGAGAUAUUUCACUACAUAGUCGUACCUUAUCUAUUACAUUUGAAAUCACCAUCUUGUAACCUUGAUGGACUUUAAAGGUCACAGGGGUCAGAUGUGCUAAUAUAAAAAAUAAUUCUCAAAAACCAAGAGGCCCAGGAUCAUAAUAACAAUCUUGACUUACUUUAAAGGUCAAAUGUGCUUGAUUUUAGCAAGUGAGCAAGCAGGGAUGAUAUGGUCCAGGAAUAUGCUGGAAUCUAGGGCUAUAAUAUUUGCAGAAAUGAAUACACCAAGCCUACACUUGGAACUAUUCAUGUUGGCAGCCACAAAAAGAUCAACUUUAAAGUUGCAUGACUAUGUAUAUGUGUAUUGUAUAAAACAAGAGGCCAAUAGGCCCUGUAACACCCAUCUGGAUGAUUUGACCAAUCAUCAAAAAAAAAUGCCAUGUACAAUUCAUUAAUAGCUUUAUUUGUUGAUGUCUAACCUUGCUGUAUGUGGUUAAGGGGUGGGAUCUCAACUGGUUAUCUCCAUAAUUUGUACAAUUUUGAAUCCACAUCCAAUAAUACUGUUAUCAGACAAAUAUGAGCAAUAUUCAUUGCUUAGUUGCAAAGAAGAAGUUUUAUAUAUAUCAAUUAGCCAAAUCGACCCCCUU